GCACUCCACCUCAAUCAGGCUACUAGUCCUACUUUUGCUAGCUUCAGGUCAGAAGAGAAGCCAUAGCUAGCUAGGAAGAAGAGGAGAAGGAAGGGGAAAGAAGAACAUCAGCGACGCGCUACCGAUCGUUUAAUUUUCUCUUCUCGCAGAUCAGAAUUGGAGGUGAAGAAGAGAAGCUGAUUUUUGAAUCAUCUUUCCUGCUUCGCGCGGUCCGUUUGGGAGAGGCCGGAUAAGGUGAUCAAGAAGCUAGCUACUACUGCACAGGCUAGGGAAGCUGUGCUUGCAUGCAUGGGGGAUAGGCCAUGGCAGCAGCCACAUGAGCAGGCUUCUUAUCCACACACAGGGAUGAUCGAAGCUUCCUCCUCCAUCCAUGGCAGUAUCAUAAAGGACCCCGGGGGGUACGACAUGGCAGAAUUCGAUCAAGCCCUCUUCCUCUACAUCAACAGCCAGCAGGAUCAAACAUCAGAUAUUCAUCAAGAACAGCCUCAAACUCUCAACAUCUUCCCUUCUCAGCCAAUGCACGUCGUCGAGCCUGCACCAAAGCACGUAUCUAUGGGCACUAACAACACGACGUCGAACUCCAGCGCCGGUCCUUCUACGAGGCCGCCGCCGUCCUACCCUUCGUCGAGACCGACUCCGGCACGGCCGCUUGCCUCGGGGAAGAACGGCCAGCCGGCGGCAGUCGUCAAGAGGGAAGCUGGGAGCAGCAGUGGCGCCAAGGACGGCACGACGCCGUCGACUUCAGACCAGCAGGAGGGGCCCAGAACGCCGGACGCCAAGACGCUGAGAAGGCUCGCUCAGAACAGGGAGGCUGCAAGGAAAAGCAGGCUCAGAAAAAAGGCUUACAUUCAAAACCUAGAGACGAGCAGGAUCAGGCUGUCCCAGAUGGAGCAGGAGUUACAAAGAUCUAGAACUCAGGAAGUAAUCUUGGGCGGUGGAGCUCUUUCUGGUGGCAAUGGGGGACUAAGCCCAGAGGCGGCAUGGUUCGACGCGGAGCACGCGCGGUGGCUGGAGGAGCACGGCAUGCUGACGGGCCACCUGCGGGCGGCGUUGGAGGAGCACGCGGCCGCGCCGGCGGUGGCGGACGCGCAGCUGCGGCAUCUCGUAGACGCGGCCGCGGCGCACCACGGCGUGCUGGCGGAGCUCAAGGCCGCCGUGGCGAGGGCCGACGCGUUCCACCUCGUGUCCGGGGCGUGGGUAUCCGCCGCCGAGCGCUGCUUCCUCUGGAUCGGCGGCUUCCGGCCUUCACACAUCAUCAAGCUAGUGGUUCGGCACGCGGAGCCUCUGACGGAGCAGCAGGCGGUGGGCGUCUGCGGCGUGCAGCGGUGGGCGAGGGAGGCGGAGGCAGCGCUGGAUCACGAGCUGCAGGCGAUGCACCGCUCCGUCUCGGAGGCCAUCUCCUCCGACGCCGCGGCGCUUCUCUGCCCCUACCUUGACGUUCCCGGCUACAUGGCCACGAUGUCCCUCGCCAUCAGCAAGCUCGCCUCUCUCGAAGCCUUCGUCAGACAUGCGGACGCGCUGAGGCUGCAGACGCUGCACCGGCUGACGCAGAUCCUGACGGCGCGGCAGUCGGCGCGGUGCCUCCUCGCCAUCGCUGACUACUCCUACCGCCUCCGCGCGCUCAGCGAGCUCUGGCUCGCGCGGCCGCGCCAAGAGCCGGCGACCACACCGGCGGCCGGAUCCAGCCAUAGACCCAGCUACCUAGGCAGGGACACUGUUGUAGAGACAACAACAAAACAGGGAGGGGAUAGUUUCAAUUGAGAUAUCAUAUAGAGGAGGUGAUCAGAUAAGACGACCCAUUUCUUGUUUCUUAAUUUGCCACGAGUUAUAGUAGUAUUUUUAUAUAUGUAAUUGUGUAGAUAUCAAGAAGAAGUUGUAGCUGACUAGGGAGAAUAAAGUUAAAAUAAGAAUUCAUUUGGUAGGCUGUAAUUUGUGACCAACUUUUUAGCUGAUUUUGCUUCUCAGCAUUUAGACACAACAC